AUGCAAGCAGAUGAGGUGGGCCAAUCUGUCUACGACCUCGGAGAGGAUGAGCAACUCGCCUUGGCGAUGCAGCAAUCACUGGCCGAAUCCUUGGAGGAGCCUAGCGCAUGUCCCGACCCGGACUCGGCGGCUGGGGUCUUCCCUGGCUCCGCUACCGAUGCGGGGGCGCCUGAGACGGAGGCCCCCGAGGAGAUUCUGGCUUCACCGGCGCCCGUGCCAGGCGGCUGGGAAGGAGCGUUGCCUCCGCCGGUGGCUCCACCCGCACCGGAGGGUGAGAGGGACGUUCAUGCCAGCUCCAACGAUCCCGAGUGGGCGGGCAGUGCUGCCGAGGAAGCGGCCGGUGGAACCGUCCAGGUGACCCAACCGCCUCGGCCACCGCCACCUCAACGUCCGGGCGGUUCCGGUGAAGCCUUCGCCAUGCAGGCACCGCCCAGACCGCAGCCGAGACCGGCUGCGAAUAGCAGGCUCUUGGAUGAGGUGGUCCAGCGGUCGUUGGAGCUGGCCAAAGCCAGGCAAUUCGAAGAAGCCGAGCGCUGUUUGGCGCAGUUGGCCAGUGAGCAUCCAGAGCUCGCCGCCUCUCGAGAAAUGAUCGCGGCUCAACAGGCUGUGACCAUGUGCAAGCAGCUCAAUGGCGCUUAG